AAGAAAGAAGCGAGAAGGAAAAAAACCAACGCGAGAAAACAGAGAGAGAGAGAUACAAUCAACCCCUCCUCCCUGUCUCUUCAAUCAAAUUUCUAGAGAGAGAAAAUCCAACCACUUAAUAAACUCUUCUAGAGAGAGAAAAUUAUAUUCUAAUUGCGGCAGCGAGGAAGGUGAAUUCCGAUCAACCUCAUCUUCCUCCACCACAAUUAACCACCGCAUCGCCACCGCGAUGUCUCUUAACAUGAAAACCCUAAGUCAAGCCUUUGCCAAGACCGCCGCGGCGAUCGAGAAGACCGUACAGACCACCGUGCAAGACGUCACCGGUCCCAAGGCUCUCCACGACUACGAUCUCCUGGACCAGAUCGGUUCGGCCGGUCCAGGUCUGGCCUGGAAGCUUUAUUCAGGGAAGGCGAGGAACGGAUCUUCGAUUUCGCAGCAGUAUCCGACGGUGUGUGUUUGGUUGCUUGAUAAGCGUGCCUUGGCGGAGGCGAGAGUGCGUGUCGGUUUGUCGAAAGCCGCGGAGGACUCGUUUUUGGAUGUCAUUAGAGCGGAUGCGGCGAGGUUGGUUAGGUUGAGGCAUCCAGGUGUGCUUCAUGUUGUGCAGGCGCUGGACGAGAGUAAGAAUGCUAUGGCUAUGGUUACGGAACCAUUGUUUGCGUCGGUGGCCAAUGUGCUUGGGAAUCUCGAUAAUAUUGCUAAGGUUCCGAAGGAGCUUAAAGGAAUGGAGAUGAGUUUAUUGGAGGUUAAGCACGGUCUGCUUCAGGUCACUGAAUCCUUGGACUUUCUCCACAAUAAUGCACGCCUUAUCCAUAGGGCCAUAUGUCCUGAGAACAUCUUAAUUACUUCAAAUGGAGCAUGGAAACUUAGUGGUUUUGGCUUUGCAAUCACGACAGAUCAGGCAUCUUCUGAUUCAUCUAAUGUGCAGUCCUUCCAUUAUGCUGAGUAUGAUGUUGAAGAUUCUUUAUUACCCCUUCAGCCAUCCCUGAACUACACUGCCCCAGAACUAGUUAGAAGUAAAUCAAGUUCAGUUGGAUGCUCUUCGGAUAUAUUCAGUUUUGCCUGUCUUGUUUAUCACCUGGUUGCUCGCAAGCCUUUGUUCGACUGCCACAACAAUGUGAAGAUGUACAUGAAUAGUUUGACUUACUUAUCCAGCGAGUCAUUCUCAUCCAUUCCUUCAGACUUGACUUCUGAUUUGCGAAGGAUGCUUUCUGCCAAUGAAACAUCCAGGCCAACAGCAUCUGAUUUCACUGGUUCCCCCUUUUUCCGGGAUGAUACGAGGUUGCGUGCACUUCGCUUCCUUGAUCACAUGCUUGCACGAGACAACAUGCAGAAGUCAGAGUUUCUAAAAGCUUUAUCAGAUAUGUGGAAGGAUUUUGAUUCACGUGUUCUGCGAUACAAGGUUCUUCCACCACUUUGUGCUGAGCUCAGAAAUCUGGUUAUGCAACCAAUGAUUUUACCCAUGGUUCUAACUAUUGCUGAGUCUCAGGACAGAUAUGAUUUUGAAUUAUCGACACUGCCAGCUCUUGUUCCUGUCUUGAGUUCUGCUGCAGGUGAGACAUUGUUACUACUCGUGAAGCAUGCAGAGCUUAUUAUUAACAAGGCUAGUCAAGAGCACUUGAUUGCACAUGUGUUACCCAUGCUUGUUCGAGCGUAUGAUGAUACUGAUGCUCGUAUGCAAGAAGAAGUUUUAAAAAGGACUGUAUCUCUUGCUAAGCAACUUGAUGCACAGCUGGUGAGACAAGCAAUCUUGCCCCGCGUACAUGCUUUGGCACUUAAGACGACUGUUGCUGCAGUGAGAGUGAAUGCAUUGUUAUGUUUUAGUGAUAUGGUCCCUAUGCUUGAUAAGCGCGCAACAGUAGAAAUUAUACAAACAAUCCAGCGCUGCACUGCUGUUGACCGCUCAGCUCCAACACUUAUGUGUACACUCGGUGUUGCAAAUUCAAUUCUGAAGCAGCAUGGAGUAGACUUUGCUGUGGAAAAUAUUCUCCCGCUGCUCGGACCACUUUUAAUUUCCCAGCAAUUGAAUGUUCAGCAAUUUGCAAAAUAUAUGCUAUUUAUCAAGGAUUUACUCAGAAAGGUAGAAGAAAAGCGAGGAGUAACUGUGACUGAUUCCGGAGUUCCAGAAGUUAAAAUACCAGCUGCUGGUGCUGGGCCUAACUUCGGGCCUGCGAAGAACAGCACAGGAACUAGCAUGUCUACCACAAAGAGCAUUCCUGCAUGGGAUGAAGAAUGGAUUCCUGCGAAGGAAUCUGCCAUGUCACUUAAGACAUCUUCAACAAAUGUGUCAUCGGCCAAGCCAGCUAUAGCUGUAGCCAAUCAGCAGCCUAUGCAAAUAAAUCAUACAAAUUUGGCAUCAUCAGUUGCUGCUGCAUCUUCUCAGCCAACAUCAGAAUCGAACGCCCCUGCUGAUUUAGAGUGGCCUCCACGUUCAUCUGUUGGUGUUAGCCCUCCAGUAGGUGACAAUACUGAUAAGAAAACUCAAAAUGGGAAUUUGUCAAGUUCAACUUUUGACGAUGUAGAUCCUUUUGCGAAUUGGCCCCCUCGGACGACUGGUACAGUGGGUUCUAAUUCUUCCGGCCACUCCACAAUAGGUCAGUCUGCAAUUAAUCCUGCAUCGAAUUGGAACGCAAGUACCUUGAACGGCACAAGUUCUCAAUCUUACAACAAUAGCAGUUGGACAUAUGGUACUCAGAAUGCUGUUGAGCCAAUGAGACAGAACCAAAUGAGUUCAACGUUGAACUAUGGAAGCCUUAAUGGCAAUACCAAGUCACAAGGUUCCCUUGAGUUCAUGAAAAGUAGUCAGCCUGAUUCAGCUCGGAUUAGUGCUCCUCAAAAACCAGCUGACAUUGGAUCAAUAUUUUCUUCCAACAAAGGUGAUCAUUCAGCGCUUAGACUUGCUCCUCCACCCAUGACGGCUGUUGGUAGAGGUAGAGGAAGAGGCCGGGGAAAUCAAGCGCAAAGCAGGGCUAACACAUCAUCCCGAACCGGCAACACUUCAUCUGGGCAGCCCCCACUGCUUGAUUUGUUGUAAUUUUGUAUCAUUAGUUCAUUUUUUUUGGUUAUAAGAGAGUAUACACAUGCAUCAAGAGUGGGUUACCCAAGCUCGCACGUCAUCAAGCAAAAGCUAUCUGGACUAUCCAUGGAAAAAUUCGUUGAUAUAUGCAAAUGCGACAAUGGGUGCUGCCGUCGGGUAAAGUGAAGUUUGUUGUAUUUUAGAUUAAAUAUUUGUUUGUAAAAUAGGAGCCCCGCUUAUACAGAUUCUUCCACCGUUUUCCUCUACAUGUAUUGAAUAAUAAUGUAAUUAUCAUCUUUAAAAAAUUCAUCUCGUGAA